AUGCGAAAAGAGUGCCCAGAGAUGGAUGCAGAGAACCUGAUGAACCUCAGUGUCCAUGGACACGACCAAACGAUCGGAGCCAGUGGAUUCUCGCCCUUCCAAUGGUGCCGUGGCUCAGAUGCUCCGGAGCCAACCUUACCUGUUGGACUUCGACCUCGUGAGGCCUUUGAUGGAAUGCUCAAACUGAAGGCAAAAGCCAAGGUGGCCUAUGAGAUGGAGUAUGCCAAGUCAAGAAUGAGCCGCCUUUCGAAUGCCACAGGCCGAGCUCCAAACCUCUACAAGACAGGGGCCCUGACAAUGGUCUGGAGACAACAAGGUGGCAAAGGCCGGUGGGUAGGACCUCUUCGAGUCCUCCUUCAAGAAGGAAGUACUCUUUGGCUCGCGACUGGCUCAGCAAUUGUCAAGGCAAAGUUGAAUCAGGUUCGAGCAGUCACUCGGCGAGAGGAACUUCAAGCCAGCUUAGAGGGCACGGCCGUCUAUCGAAUGCCGGUGACGCUUGACUCACUUCUCCGACACUUCACUGGCAAGCACUUCACCAACAUUUGUGGUGAGACUCCGCCUGAAGAGAGUCGUGAGAAAGAUGUGAGCGGUGCUACCGUGACCCUCGAGCCCAAAGAGAAGAUGCCCAAGAAUGGCCACUGGCGAGUCGAAAAUGAGAAAUGGCUGAUCCGUGUUCAUCGUGCUCCCCGACUCGGUUUGUUCACUCCGGCAAGAGUUGCAUCAAGCCCUGUCCCUGAAGACCGCUUGACAGGUGUGAGGAAGACAUAUGUACAGCCUGCAGUCCCUGGGUCGAACAAGAUCACCCUCGAGGACGAUUUUCGUGAGUCUGAUGAACCUCACCGACAUCUACAAGAGCGAUGGACAGGAGAAACUUGGCUGGAGAUUUCAACCGCCAGCGCAUCCGCACCAACAUCGAGGGGAACCAAGAGACAGAAAGAAGAAGGAAAAGAUGAUCCAUCCCUCGAACAGGUGCCCAAGAAGACUCCUGUACCUGAAGCGCCAGCAGCUGAAGGUUUGGCUAUCCCGCCAACUCCGGCAGGAAUGCCAUCAACUCCACGUCCAAAUGCUCAGCUUGAUGAAGCUAUGACUCCUCAAGAACGUGGAGGGCAGACAGUGAUCGGCAAUCACUGUUCAGUGCGUGAAUGCUCACUUCCUGGUGGCCAUGAUGGACCUCACAUCAACCAGCAUGGCAAGCGCUUUCAUUGGAACUCAAGGGAUGGCAUCACAAUGGAUGAAGAUGAUGAUUCCUCCUCCAGUUCCAGCUCAAGUUCAAGUGAUUCCUCCGAAGAGAUGAUUCCAGAGAAGAAGAAGCCUCCACCGACCAAGGUGAUCAAGAGGAAAGGAAAGAAGCCUCCUGACAAGAGGAGCGAACAGAACAUGUACCUCACGGUGGAUGAAGACACCGCCUUUUCCAUCGAGAUUGACAUCACCCCCAAGGAG